ACAGAAAAAAAAAAACAUAAAAAUGAAGAAAAAAAGCCACGUCGGAGGCCUUUCUCCAGUUCUUCCUUGUUUGGCGACUGCAAAACCUUCAAAAAUUCAUCCCUCAAAUUUUCUUAAACGGCAACUGAAGAAGAAGAAGAAGAAAAAGAAGGAGAAGCCGUAAAGCUUUUCAAACAAUGGCUUCUUCUUGCUGUUCUUCUUCAGUAACCUUCUUCAAUUCUCAUUCUAAGCCAAACAAUCCCUUAGCUUCCCCUGUUCCAGCUCAAGCCAAUUCUUUCCUUCGCUUCCACAGCAAUUCAUCUUCCGCCGUCUUACGCCUCCGGUCAACUCCAGCUCCGCCGCCCAACGCUCAUAGUUUCCGUGUUAUGGCGUCGACGUUGACAGCUGUAGAAAAGAAUCGGGAGCCAUUGAAGAUUAUGAUAUCUGGAGCUCCGGCUUCUGGGAAAGGAACUCAGUGUGAGCUAAUAAAGAAAAAGUAUGAUUUGGUGCAUAUUGCCGCUGGAGAUCUUUUGAGGGCUGAGAUUGCAGCGGGGACCGAAAAUGGAAAGCGAGCAAAGGAAUUCAUGGAGAUAGGACAAUUGGUCCCAGAUGAAAUAGUUGUCAUGAUGGUGAAAGAUCGGUUGAUGGAGCCUGAUUCCACAGAAAAGGGUUGGCUUUUAGAUGGAUAUCCUCGAAGCUUAUCACAGGCGACUGCUCUUAAAGGAUUUGGUUUUCAUCCCGAUAUCUUCAUACUCCUUGAAGUACCUGAAGAGAUCCUAGUCGAGAGGGUAGUUGGUCGUAGGUUAGAUCCCGUUACAGGCAAGAUAUACCAUUUAAAAUAUUCUCCUCCGGAGACUGAAGAAAUUGCUGCGAGGCUUACUCAGCGUUUUGAUGAUACAGAAGAAAAGGUUAAAUUGCGUUUGCGCACUCAUCAUCAAAAUGUGGAAUCAGUGCUCUCAAUAUAUGAAGAUAUUACAAUAAAGGUAAUCUACUGAAAUUGAGGAACUUUUUAAUCCUUUGACAAGGGCUGUAAAGGUUCUUCGAACGGAAUUGAAAACUUUUAUCAAGCAUCUCCUAAAUUCCUGUCUGGUUGUGUAGUUUCAACUGAAACUCCUCCUCCCACAGUGAAUUGAUUAGUAAUAACUAUUAUUGAAGGAUUUGUCAUAAAGUUUUGCUAGUGAAUUAUUUUCUGUGUUGAUGUAUUCUUACCUACUUAACUGUGUGGUAGGUUAGUUCUAUCUUGUGGGUGUUCUAUAUGCCUGAAAAUGAUAAUUCAAUUCACUGUAGUCUAUUUUUGUUUUGGUGAGGAUGAGAGAGAAUUCUAUUCAUCAUGACUCGUGUGUGACUGCAAAUAGUUAGUAAUGAUUUUGGACACCAAUUUUCUCACCUGUGAUUGCAGGUGGAUGGAAGUGUCUCUAAAGAGGCUGUCUUUGAGCAGAUUGAUACUGCAUUAUCAGAUCUAAUGGCGCAAAGAGCAGAAAAGAUGGGAUCUGCUGUAGCAUAAAAUUCAGUUUCUGGGAGAGUUUGUGUAAAAGAGAACUAGGAUUUUGCCAGGUGAUAAAAGACAAAAGAAGAAUACACUGGAUGCUUUUUAAUUCUUUAAUUAUUUAUUUUUAAAACGUAUACCAUCAAUGGGUUCCUCCCUUAUACCUACAUGUUUGAAGAUUUAUGCAUACGCCAAGGAUCCAAACAUGUACAUUGCAUCCUCUAUGUUCUAUCAGAGACUAUACUUUCUCACUGUAGUUCUUAGCAGAACUAACAAUCUGUACAAGAUAUUUAUUGAAAAAACGUUUUAUUUGCCCAAAAAGAACUUUGAAAUUAUUUAUGAGAGAUUUCAGUUUUGUUUUUAGUGCCUUUGAUAGCUGGGACUUUUAGGCCAAAUCAGAUAGCAAUUCCUGAAUCUGUCUCAUUUGGCUUGUUAGGAGGCAGUUAGUAAGAAUAAUGACUGCAAACAGUGUCUUAUUUGAUGAGUCUGAUUAGAAUUCUGCUUUCAGCAUAUUCAUGUAAUCUGAGUGUGGCAUAAAUAAGCGGUGAGAGAUAUUUUCAUGGAAUUUUACAGAGUGUGGAGUAUUGAACAAAGUUGCAGAAGCAAAAUAUUUUCAUAUUUUCAGAAUAUGCAGAAUAAACAAGAAGAAUAGAGGUAAGUUUUCUGCUGAAAAACACUCACACAUAUUCCAUUCAUUCAUUCAUAUUUAUAAUACAAAAGGGAACUAACUGUAUACUGUUUGGUCAAUGCCAACAGUACACAACUUUGCUUUUAUCUCCAGCACAGUCCACAAACUAAGGAUCACCAUCCUUUUACCACUUGCAUACUUCCUACACAAGAUAAACUUUCUACUGCAAGUAAUUGACUACAGGAAAGAUAUCAUAAACACAACAAACACAACAAAACCAAAUCUGAAAUCAUUCAACAAGAAAAUUCUCAAAAUCUAACAAGUAUGCAAGAAGCAAGGGAUGAGUAAAACGCUUGUUAAAAAUGGUUGCUGUCACUUGCUGUGGUUAGGAACCUGAUAGUUUAAGCAAAAACUUCUGCAUCUAUAUAAUUUGAAUGGCUUAAUUGAAUAUGUAGACAAAGAAGACCACUCAAGUAUUAUUUUGACUUCUGACUAGAUCCAGUUGAUGACAGAGGAUCCCUUUUGUUUUGUAUACAUCUACAUCUCUCUUGAACUUCCAAAGCUUUCUUGAUGUAAUGCUCUUAAAGAACAGGAGAGUGAUUUUGUCAGUGUCUGCAAUGAAGUUCCUGCAACUAAAUGAGAGUACUUUAGCAAGUUUUACAUUUAUUUCUUCUGCAGCGAGGAUGAAUUUAUGUAGGUUAUCUUAUGUUUUAGGGCAAGGCGAACAGUAUUUGUUAUGAUUAUGUACUAAGAAAAUCUCAUAUGUUUCGGCUUCAUAACUAUCAAACUGGGUAAGGAAAUCCCUACGGGCAAUGAGCUGGUAAGCUUGGAUGGAGAUUGUUACAUCUAACCCUGAAAAAGGUCAAAGCAGAUUUCAGAUACUCUAUUACUUUGAACUCCCGUUGAUUUCUUUUGGAUUUGAAUUGCUUUUAAGCCAUUAUUUAAGCUUUAAGUCAUCAUCCAGUGUGCACUAAGGGAAGGAAUUUGCAGUCAUCUGUGCAUUUCAAAUUUUCAACUCUCUAGGCUUUUGCUUAGUAGUUUACUUUGCCUUCUGAUGACGACAGUUCUUCUACAGCUGACUUUUUCCUUCCUCCUGACCUGACUCUUAUUAUUGCAUUUUUGACUUAGUAAAACCUAAUGCUGUUCUCCAGGAACCAUAACUGACCGAAUAAAUAAAUAUGAGUUGAAAAUAUGGCUUCAGCUCCAGCCUCUAUAGUUCACCAUUUCCCAAUUCUUAGUUCUGAAACUUAAUUAUUGAAGUGUUGACAUGACUCAUGCUUGUUGAAUAAAAGAUCAUCAGCGAUCCUUAGUCAACUUCUUUUAGGAAUUAUUGAACUUAAGAACAACUCAUAUUUUGAAUGAAAGAAUAUACAAUGUAGCUUAUGUUUGAUUUACAAAAUGUUACAGGACAAUCAAUCUGCAGACCUAUGUAAAAAAAAUUGUCUGGUAUAUUGACAGUUUUUGUUAGCAGCUGAUUGAAGCUACUCGGAAGGGGUAGUGGAGGUGGACCGGGACACAUUUGGUGACGCCAAACAAGCAGCCAAGGCUCGUUCUAACCUAUUUACAACUUCUGUCAUGGUGGGUCUGUCUGGACUUUCUAAUGUUACACAGUCUGCAGCUAGAUAUCCUACAUAUGCAACUGCUUCUAUCUCGAUCGGUGUUGGAGGGUGCACUCUAGGAUCCAAAACCCUGUGAACAUCGUCUUUAACUAUAUACGGAACCACAAAAUCGACCACAUUUCUUGGAACGCCGUUCUCAUUCAUGUGAAUGGCCUUGUACCCUGAUAGGAGUUCCAGCAGAACAACCCCAAAGCUGUAAACGUCGCUCUUUGUUGUUAGCCGUUGAAGGCGAUAGUAUUCGGGGUCAAUGUAGCCGACUGUACCUGCUGCUUUCAAUGAGAGGUGUGAUUCAUCAUCAACAGGCCCCAUCAAUGACAGGCCAAAGUCGGAUACUUUAGCCGUCCAGGUGGUGUCCAACAAGAUGUUGGAUGACUUAAUAUCCCUGUGGAUGAUCGGUGGCACUGCAAACUCAUGAAGAUACUGAAUCCCUCUUGCUGCAUCAAGGGCUACUUUGAUUCUUGUUGCCCAUGAACUUAUUGGAGAGGAUUCCAUCUUGUGAAGAUGGUCAAAGAGUGUGCCAUUGUCCAUGUACUCAUAGACUAAAACCCUCUCAUUCGAAUCUUCACAGUACCCCAAAAGUCUGACUAGAUUCUUAUGAUUGAGGCGCGACAUGAACUCGAGUUCAUUAACAAAUGCAUUGUCCUUGUCUUCUUGCCAACGUUGUGUUCGGCCGACUGCAUGAUCUUGUAGUGUAGCUGAUGAGAUAUCAGCUCUCUUUAUGGCGAUUUCACUGCCAUCAGGCAGCCUUCCCAUGUAAACCGAACCAAAACUUCCAGUGCCAAUCUUGUGCUCCUCUGAGAAACUAUUUGUGGCUUCCAGCAGAGUUUCUAGAGAAUAUUCUUCCAAAGGGCUCCCCAUACUAAUCAUUUGGCUUAGUUUCUUGUCCAAUGCUGCUACCGGUUGUCGCGGAGCUAGGGCAGGAUCAUCCAUUGGACCCGAAUCAUGGACACGGCGGCUCAAUCUUUUAUUCAUCUUGCAGUUUUUCAAAACCAAGUAACAGAGGACUAUUACCAGUGACAGAGAACCAAAACAACCAACAACCAUAAAUGCCACCAUUUUCUUGUUCCACUUUGAACUUCCACCAUUUGUGGUUGUUUGAGGUGUUGAAACCAAUUCUGGUGAUGGCGAGGGCGGCGAUGGAGGCAAUGCCGCUGGCUUUCCGAUGCAGGGAAGACAAAUCAUCAUCCCCUGACUACAAUAUCUUCCGUAAUUUGGCAGAGGAUCACAAGGGCACUGUUUCCUACACUUGCCCGGAACUACAUCCUCGAAAACAGCCGAAUUCAAGCUCAGACUGCCAUCUUUUCUCCAGCAAUACAAUGAGUAGUUUGCCAUUGUCAGACCACAAAAGACAUCCCCUUUUGCCUCCAAGGAUACAAACAAAGUCUCCUGUAAAUAAUUAGGCAGACUAAAAUUGUUUGCUCCAAAACAGAACACUUUCCCAUCAAGCCUCAAAAAGCAGCUGCUAUCAUCACCCAAUGCCAGCGCUAUGAACUCUCCAGAAGGCUUCACUCCUACCAUAUCUCCCCAGCAUUCAACACUACCUUCAGUGGAUAUGGCACAAACAUGGCGAGAACCGGCUGCAACGACACUGUAAUUUCCCGCCGGGACAUGAUCCGUAACAUUAGUAUAACUUCCUAAACACUGAAGUUGUCCUGAUUUCGACAGACCACAAACAAAAUUUUCUCCAACAGCAACAUUUGAAGCAAUUGAGCUGUUUCCAGUUGAACGGAAGUUCUGCGACUGCCAACACUCCAACAAGUUAGUGCUAUUACCGUCAAUCAGACCACAAAUGUGGGAUUUUCCAGAAUCCAGUUCUUCCACUCGAGGACCAGUAUAAAUCCUCUUAUAAGUACUAUUACCAUUUAUUGAGAAUCUCCAGCAGACCAUAAUUGAAUUGGAGGAAGAAGAUGAACUCAAAGCACAUACAAACCCAUUUCCACCAACAAUCUCUGUGAAUGAUCUGAAGGAAGGAUUCACAGGAACCUGAACACCCUGAGGGAAACUAGUACAGUUUAGGUAUGAAGAAGGCUGAUGAGAUUCAAGGGAAGAGGUUUGAAUCAAUGCACAGAUUAACGUAUGGUUGCCAACUUGAGAAAUUGAAACAGUGGAAAGUGAAUGGAUUAAGGGAAGUGAAGAAAAGAGAAAGAAGAGAACUAGAGUGAAGAAAUGGAAGGGUGUUUCAUGAAGAAUCGCCAUGAAAUUAGUGAGGCUGAAGAACUUUUCAUGGUGAUGAGAAAGAUACUUGGUUUGAUUUUCUUGGAUUGCAUUUGAACAUCUUGGAAUAAUAUUUUAUUGUGAUUUUUAAGGUGUAGGAUUAUUUAUUUAUUUAUUUAUUUUUUUCCCCUUGGUUGAUGAUUCGCUUGGAAAAGAAAAAAACGCGGCUGGAGAUGGAGUGUUUGUGAGACCACAGACCAAGUCGUCGGUCGGACUUCGGAGAAGCCUCGCGGAGCGGACAGAACAAGUGAGACUGCGUGUGUGCGUGUGAAUUGGUCAGAAUUAUUAGAUUGGACUAAUAAUUAUAGAAAAUGAUUUUGACUUUAGUAGUAGGAGAAAAUGGUAGUUUUAGUCCCUCUACGUUGAUUAUGUUACAUAAUCGGUUCUUUUCGUUGUGAUACUGAUAAAUCUAGUCCUCCUGAAUUCUUUCUUACUGGCAACAAUCAAUUUCAUCAAGUGGAUCUUAGUCGAGCAUGCCUUCAGCUCAAGUGACGCAAGCUAAAUAGGAUAUCUCCAAUGAGUUUAUGGUCUACG